UGGAGUUGAUCCCAGAAAUCCACUCACCGCUGAUGCAACACAUUGACAGGUCUACCCGGCUUCUACAUCUAAACAUCGACCUCAAGUGUUAAGACAUUAACUCUAAGGAGCUAGGCACCAUGGGAGAACAGCUGAGCCCAGAUGAGAAGCUUCACCUCAUCACUAGGAACCUUCAGGAGGUGCUUGGAGAAGAGAAGAUAAAGCAGGUCCUGGCAGAGAGGGAACUGAAGGUGUACUGGGGAACCGCCACCACAGGAAAACCACAUGUUGCCUACUUCGUCCCCAUGUCCAAGAUUGCAGACUUCCUCAAGGCAGGGUGUGAGGUGACCAUCCUGUUCGCAGACCUGCACGCGUUCCUGGACAACAUGAAGGCUCCCUGGGAGCUGCUGGAGCUGAGGGUGCAGUACUACGAGCAGGUGAUCAAGGCCAUGCUGGAGAGUAUCGGGGUGCCGCUGGACAAACUCAAGUUCAUCAAGGGGACAGACUUCCAACUCAGCAGAGAAUACACUCUGGAUGUGUACCGUCUGUCGUCCAUGGUAACAGAACAUGAUGCUAAGAAGGCUGGAGCUGAGGUGGUUAAACAGGUGGACCACCCUCUACUCAGUGGUCUGCUCUACCCUGGACUACAGGCUCUGGAUGAGGAGUAUCUGAAAGUAGAUGCCCAGUUUGGAGGAGUGGAUCAGAGGAAGAUCUUCACCCUGGCUGAGAAGUACCUGCCCUCUCUGGGCUAUGCUAAGCGGUCCCAUCUGAUGAACCCCAUGGUACCAGGACUGACUGGAGCGAAGAUGAGUUCUUCAGAGGAGGAGUCUAAGAUUGACCUCCUGGACAGGAAGGAGGAUGUAAAGAAGAAGUUGAAGAAGGCUUUCUGUGAGCCAGGCAACAUCGAGAACAACGGAGUCCUCUCAUUUGUUAAACAUGUCCUCUUCCCACUCGUAGGAGAGUUCUCCAUCAAAAGAGACCCCAAGUUCGGAGGAGACAAAACCUACACAGACUUUGAGGAAGUGGAGAAAGAGUUUGGCGAAGAGCUGAUCCAUCCUGGUGACCUGAAGGCGGGCGUGGAGGUGGCCCUUAACAAGCUGCUCGACCCAAUCAGGAAGAAGUUUGAAUCUCCAGAGCUCCGUAAACUCUCCAACACGGCCUAUCCAGACCCGUCAAAGAACAAGGCAGCAGGGAAGGGGAACUCUAAAGUGGCAGAAGAAGAUGAGCUGGUUCCCUCCAGACUGGACAUCAGGGUGGGCAAGGUCAUCAGCGUGGAGAAGCAUCCGGAUGCUGAUUCGCUGUACCUGGAGAAGAUAGACGUCGGAGAGGCGGAGCCAAGGACGGUGGUGAGCGGCCUGGUGGCCUACGUUUCCCAGGAGGCCUUGCAGGACCGGCUGGUGGUGUUGCUAUGCAACCUGAAGCCCCAGAAGAUGAGGGGGGUGGAGUCCCAAGCCAUGUUGCUCUGUGCCUCCAUUGAGGGGGAGACCAGGAGAGUGGAGCCUCUUGACCCCCCUGAGGGGUCGUCACCCGGGGAACGGGUGUUCGUUGAGGGGUACGAGACGAGCAAGCCAGACGACAAACUAAACCCAAAGAAAAAGCUGUGGGAGAAACUACAGGUGGACCUGAAGGUGUCAGGACAGUGUGUCGCCCAGUGGCAGGACAAACACCUGAUGACCAAACUGGGACACAUCACCUGUAAAACACUGAAGGGAGGCAACAUCAGCUAAGAGAGACACACUGUCAAUCUCUUGAUGCUCUGUCUACUUGUCCAUCUUACCUUCCCCAGAGAACUCCGCACACAUCACCACGGCAACAUCUCUCUCUACUUGUCCAGCUUACCUUCCUCAGAGAACUCCGCACACAUCACCACGGCAACAUCUCUCUCUCUUCUUGACCAGAGAAAUAAUCAUUCAUAUUAAUAAUACCGUGAUCGAUCUAACACAGCGAUCUGGGUUUAAAUAAACGGUCUAUUUUACUAUCGAUUAUCAGUGCUGUAUUUUUCCCUCCUGAUGUUUAAGUAAUGGUUCGGCUCUGUAAUUCUUGAGAAGUGACGGCGAUAACACCGCCGGUUGCCCUCUGUUUUUUAAAACACAUUGUUUCUUGUGGUCUGGGGAAAUCCUUUGAGGAAAAUAUGGAACGACGUUUUGUCGUGACCAAUUAACCUAGAGACACGUUAGCUUAGCCGGUCAUCAACAGUCUCUACUGUCUACCAUGUGUUCAAUCAUCCACGCCAGUCACCUAGGGACGUAUACAUUAAAACAGAAAUCUAUUUGUGUUGCUAUGGGGAUGAUAAGGGUUGUGUCGGCAGGUACCCGUGGAAACGCUGCCAUUUACUCUCAUGUCAUCAUGUGGAAAUGAAAUAAACCGGUUGAAUUCA